AUGCUUCCAAAGUUUGCCUUGCUCUGCACCUUUACUGUCGCCAGCCAUGCUCUCCCUAUCCUCCGUCGACAAGCACCGGAACCUUUUGUCCUCCCUGUACCUGCUGAAGGGCCCGGUCCUACUUUCGAUGCCACAGCUACACGCGCAGCCACAGGCGUCCAAAUUCGCAACGCCGCGAAUCCGAGCGUUUGUUUCGACGUCUCCGACUUCCGUGCUGGAGAUUUCAGAUUCAACCUUGUACCUCUCGCUUUAAAACCGUGCGAUGCAUCAGUUGAAGGCCAAAAGUUCGACCUGAUCACUAAGGGAGAACAUAACAAUGUCCCUGAUGGCAGCCGAACGUUGAUCGUUUCGAGUCAGCAAUUUACCUGCGUUGACCGUAGAAGCAAUAAAAACGAUCGUACUCGACCUGGCCUCUUUGCAUGUGGUGGUCGGGCUGCUGGUGACGGCGAGACUACCGCGGACCAGCAGUUCUUCUUCAAUAGCACGGCCAACCUAGCAAGCGGUAUCGGGUUCACCCUUGUUCGAGAUUCCGUCAACAAUGGCAUUGGUCCCGGGAACACUUGCAUGAGCUUCGACGCGGACGGAUUCGUUCAGAAUACUCCUUGCUCCCCUCCCAACUUCACACCAGAACAGACUUGGAUUAUUGGCGACGCCUCUGGUGGUUCUCCUCCGUCUGUGCCUACCCCCGACGCUCCAGUGAGCCCUAGUCCAGCCUCGUCUGCCGAGCCUGUCGCUCCGACAUCUGAGCAGCCUGUGCCAGAAGAGCCGUCCCAGUGCCCUGCAGAUGUGGAGACUGUUACCGUUGUCACCACUGUGACCGUUCAGCCCACACCUACGCAGGUGCAGACCCAAGGCCCCGCUAUUUCUCUCACUUCGAGUAUUCCCGCGGGUGGUUCAGUAACGUUUGUACCCCUGCCACAAGCCACAGAUGCUCCAGCGGCCGAACGACCGGAGGAGUUUGUACUCCCGGUGCCCAAGGAAGGCCCAGGUCCCAAAUUUGACUCAACAGCUACUCGAGCAGCGAGCUCUGUUCAGAUUCGAAACGCGGCGCAACCGGAUCUUUGCUUCGACGUCUCCAACUUCAAAGCAGGAGAUUUCCGUUUCAACCUGGUGCCCAUCGCUCUCAAAAAGUGCGAUGCGUCCAUUGCUGGUCAAAAGUUUGACCUCAUCACCAAGGGCGAACAUAACAACGUGGCGGACGAAAGCAGGGUGAUCAUUGUUUCCAGCCAGCAAUUCACCUGCGUCGACCGCAGGGGGAACAUUAAUGACCGCAAUCGCCCUGGACUGUUUGCUUGUGGAGGUCGAGCAGCAGGUGAUGGGGAAACUAGCUUUGACCAACAGUUCUUCUUUGACAAAACCGCUGAUCUCACUGAAGGCAUCGGAUUCCCGACAGUUAGAGAUGCACAAAACAACGGCGUUGGGACUGGAAACCAAUGUUUGACUCUUGGCACAGAUGGGUUCCUCAGCAACACUCCUUGCUCUCCUCCCAAUCUAACCCCGGAACAAACUUGGAUUGUAGCGUGAUGGGGACUAGAUAUCGCCCCGUGCCGUGUAUUACCGAUCCACAACUGUAUUCGUAUGCGGUCUGAGUACCAUUCCUACAUCAUUGA